CAAGGAGGGGGCCACGGCGUGCCCCACUCUGUUUUUUACGACACGGCUUUCUGUGUAACAUAAUAAGUAUUUAAAAAUUUUGUGAAAUGUUUCGGUGUUAAGUGUGAAAAAUUGGGAAGUCGGAAAAGUGAAUACGAGAUGCAGGGGCUGGUGAGCGAUAAGACGUUCCACUUGAAGUGGAACAACCACCUGCAGAAUCUGAGCCAGCUGUUCACGACCAUCUACUCGUCGUCUGCGCUCGCGGACGUCACGCUCUCCUGCCGCGAUGGGACCCUCAAGGCGCACAAGCUCGUGCUCUCCGCCUGCAGCCCAUACUUCGAGCAGAUAUUCAAGGACAACCCAUGUCAGCACCCCAUCGUAAUACUGAAAGGGAUACCAUUCUCUGAGAUAAACCUACUUGUGGAGUUCAUGUACAAAGGCUCAGUGGACGUCCAGGAAAUGGAUUUACAGUCUUUGAUGCAUACUGCAUCAGAGCUUGAGAUCAGAGGCUUAGCAUAUGAGGCGAGGGACAAUGCAGCACAGCUGUUGAACGUGAAUCUGGAAUACCCUACUUAUAGCCAGAAUGCAACGGCUGCUGCAGUUGCUGCUGCCACAGCUUCAGCGACAACAGUAUCUACACCACAGACAUACCCACCAGCCAGGACUGAUGUUGAGAGGUUGAAACAGAUACACAUGUACCAACAGUCGAUGAUGCGAGCAGAGGAAAUCCGUCGGCGACGUCGCGAAGACAUGCCCGGGACACAGACCGCUGUCAACAACAUCCUGGCAGCGGCUGCCCGGGAAAUGGAGGAAGCCAGGCACGCCGCCAGAACCAGUGACCGCGUCGUGGCUAGCAUUCAGACCGAGCAUGAAGCCAUGCCAGUAGCGACUGUCUCCGAGGUGGUCGCCGCAGCUGUAAAGCGCGACAUGCAAAUAUCCGAAGACGACAGGCCGAAGAAACGUGUCUCUAUUAUGUCACCAGAAGACGAGAAGCUGCGCACAAAGAAGAAGACGAUGACUGUGCGCUUCCAGGACGACAGCUUUAAGACUGAUGACCGCCCGAAUAAAAUCACUUCACCGGGUGCCACAAACGCCAACCACGCUCAUGAACACAAAGAACCAGAAAUGAAGUCCGGAGGCAUCAAGGUGGUGCAACUGGCUGUACUGCAGAAACCCACCAACAACGACCAUGAAGAUUCAGACGAGAAAGGCAAGCACGCCAUGGAUGAUGACGAGGAGACAGAUUCGAGCGGGUCCAUAUCCGACUCCGCAGCCAACGACUCGCAGGACGGACGGCCACACGUGUGCGAUAUUUGUGACGUCAGAUUUGCCCGCUCGUCACAUCUCUCACGACAUCGGCUGACUCACACCGGCGAACGGCCCUUUACGUGCGGCGGCUGCGGGCGAUCCUUCGCCCGCUCGGACAAGCUGCGUGUACACACAAAGAUCUGCGAGAGGGAGGACCCAACCGUGGACAUGCAAAACGAGGCUGUAGUGAAACGCGAAAACAACUCUGAGGUGAUGUCGGGGAUGGUACGGACCACGCAUAGGGAGUCCGGCCAUCUUGUUUUUACUCCCAGCGGUGACGUCAUGCUGCCCCCCCGACCAGGCAACCCAGUCGUUCUGAAUGCUUCCCUGGAACCCGUUAGAAAUGAACUCAACCAGGGGGACUUAGUGGACCCCCCUCGGAGAGGCCGCGGUCGACCCCGGAAGACCCCCCUGCCUCUAACCCCUAAGAUCAAGAAAAGGAGGGGACGACCGCCUAAGACUUCGCUUGAUACGCCGAAUACGUCACCGGAAAUCAAAGAGGAACCGAAUUUGGAACUUGUGAAGCAUGAAAUCGAACCGAGUUUAUUCGAGGAAUGUGCCGAGAGUUCAUGGCGACCCAAUGAAAAUAUACCCGAUAGGACAGUUAUUCUCAAUACGACUCUGGAAGCCACCAAUAUGGAAACCGAGAAUGAUGAGAUCACACCUAGGUUAUUAGAGGAACGGCCCCGGAGAGGACGCGGUAGACCCAGAAAGAACCCUGUACCUCUCAUCCCUAAGAUCAAGAGAAAGAGGGGGCGACCGCCUAAGAUUUCCCCAGAUAUGGAAGGUUGCGUGCUCACCAGCGGCGCAGUACCGAGCGGUGCACUGGCCUCCCACCAGCUGUUGCUGAAGCGGAAACGUGGACGCCCGCCAAAGAACUACUUCAUCACGCAUACGCAACCCGGUAUGGAAAUGUCAAUACCGAUCCAGUACGGGCUAGCCGCAGAAAUGAGCAAGAUUUACGGCCGACCCAACGAGAACUACAACGCGACGAACCUACCUUUUGGCGAUUUCUCCUACCUUACCGAGAUGAUGUACAACCCGCUCGCCUACUCCUACGGCGUUACCAGCGUUGACCCGGACAGAAAUGUGGACGCGGACCAGAGCAUGACCACCGAAACAUCCCACGACAGGACCAUCGACGUUUCGGACUCCUCAUCAGACGACGAGGACAGUUCCAGGGUGGAGCCCGAGGAGAACAUUCCACCCGUGGGACUCGAAACUCAAAUUAUGACCGUCGGCGACUGCCAGAUCGUCAAACUUCCGCCGAAUAACGAAGAUAAAGACGACAAAAUGGAGCAGUCGCCGACAGAAACCAUCAUCGUCCCCGCAUCGACGCCCAGCUCGGUGACUAUCACGCCGAUCACAACCGUAGGCGACUGCACGAUCAGGCCGGUCGUGGACAACACAUAAUGUGAAGAUCUUAGGGUCUACCCCGUAAUCUUGAUACCCUUCGAGUGGAAAUAGAUUGUCGGAUUGCGGUGAGUGAACGGAUUUUAUAAGUUUUAACCUUUCUGACACGGGCACUUGUUUCCCAUCUCAGGUAACGUCACGCGUGUUGAGUCAAAUCAUUGCUCAGUAUGUUUGCCCAGUAUCAAUAACGGACAGCACGGGUUUCUGGUCAUACAUAAUUACAUUUUGAGUAUACAAGCGUGGCGUAGUUUGCGUUUGGGAUGGAUGGUGCUCAUGUAUUUCCGGCUUUAAUCUCUCGGUUUAAGUCACAUUCCAGAGCUUCGAGUGUAAGUUAGAGUAAAUAUUGUAACCCUAGCACACUUUUAA